UGUAACGUAUAAUGCCGCAGUGUGUCAGUCAUGACCCGCGAUUGAUGGUUCUAACUAAGCAAAGCAAGCAUAUAUUUACUAUCUAGCCUUUUACGAAGAAAGAACGAAAUGAACGUCGAAACAGUCGCACUCGGCGCUCUCACAACACGCGCAGUAGCCGUGGAAGACGCAGCCCGAGAAUGGGUCGGUCGCGUCGCGGGCAUCGUGACCCUGGCCAGCUUCGUCGGCAGCCUGUCGAUGUCCUGGCGGGUCUGGCGCGCCAGAAACUCGAUGGGCGUCGCCUUCUCGCCCCUAGCCGCGGCCAUUAUCUGCCUACACGCCUGGCUACUCUACGGCCGCGCCGCCGGCGACCCCAACGUGGUGUGGGUGAACGCCUGCGGCCUCAUCCUGAUGCUGGUCAACGCGCUCGUGCACCGCCUCUACUCUCGGGACAACGGGCCCGGCUUGGCUCUGCUAACGACACUCGCGGCCUUGCAGCUCGUGUCGCCGGUGUUGACCGUGGUGUGGCUGGGCAACGUCGCGUUUGUUUGCACCCUGGCUUGCAACGCGGCGCCCAUCGCCCGCAUCAGGACGGUCCCGCUGCCGGAGAUCGCCGCGUGGACUCUGUGCGCUUGCGGCCUCUGGACGGCGUACGGGGUGCUCGCUCGGGACAUGCCGCUGUUCGCGAGCAACCUGAUCGGCGCCGUGUUCGCCGCGGUCGAGCUGACCGUGGCCAUGUGGAGGCGGUGUCGACGCGAUGUGGACCUGCUCGCGCUAAUGGUGUGAUACGUUGUCCGAGGGCGUGACUAGGUGUCCCUGAAGGCCUCGGGACACCAUGCAUCCCCGGCUUAGCAGUACGCAUCUACUGCAGCCCGGAUUCCUUGGUUCAUUCACUUCCGGCGCCCCACUUGCCCUCGGAUUCGUUUCUAUGGGAGAAUGGCGCUGUGGCGUCGCCGGGAUUCGCGUAUAUGGACGUCGUGUUAGUUUUCGCCUGGCUUUAUAUUAUAUUGUAUCGCCCUUUAAGAAAUACUGUAGCCAUGGGCGGAAGCAGAAGCUCUGCUGGUGACGUCGUUUGACACUAACCGCGACAUCUUAAAACCACCUUUGCGCGUGGCAGGUGCAUUAGUAAAAUUUUGCGUGAUUAAACGUAUGACGCACGAGAGGCUUCAGACAAGCGGCUUUACGAACUAGCGCGAACACUAUAAGUAUAACUUGCUAUGCACAUAGUAGCACAUAGUCCGUGGUUAUUUACAAUAAUAUGCAUGUGUACUUUACUACAACGCAGUGUCACAAAGAUGUCUCCAACAAUGUACUCCUUGCUCCCGUGUCUCUUCUGUAUUGCGCAAACUGUGAUCCGUACACGGACGAGCUAAACCUCUCUGAAAUGCCUUUUUGGCUGUAUUUUUCAGAGAAUGUGUGCGUGUGAAAUGGUAGCGCAAUAUUGUGCGCUGCGAUUAGCGUAUUUUGAAGAACUUUGGAGAGCCCACCUGACAUGGCCGAAAGUUAC